UCCAUCAUGUCUCUGAACUUGUAAGCUUCAAUCAUAGUGACUCUGAGGACUGUCAACUUCUCCUAGGGCAGAUUACCCCCCAGUGCGCCAAACGCCAUAGCUCACUCGUUUAGCUACGGAAUCGAGUGAUUCAACUUUCAGUGGAAAGCUGACACUGCCAGCUACAACAUAUCCGAUUUUCAGAUCGUUUCACCGAUUGGAGUUUUUGAUAUAGCUAUUCGAAGGUCGCGAGUUUUCUGGGCGUCAUAACGAAGUGCUGCAGAAAUUUCCAAGGAGCCAUUGAAUCAUCUGCUUAUAGCCUUCUCUAACCAACAAGUGGUAUCAGAGCCUAUUAUCACGCAUUUGGGACCUAAAAUACGAUGGGAGAUAAAGAGGACUCUGGUGGAGGUGAUACUUCAGUCCAAGGAGGCAGCUCAACCCAAGAUUCUGGCAUUGCAGCGCAAAGGGGAGCGCGUACAAGCCAGGGGUCACUGCUUAAGGAGGUGCUGAAGAACUUCACCAUUGAGAAGUUCUCUGGAGAUGGCUAUGAUGAUUGGGCAUGGAAGAUGCAGCUCUACUUUCGACAAAUUGGCCUCUUGAAGCUCAUGAUUGGAACGGAGCCAAGGCCAAAGGAAAUGGCAGAGCAAGCGGACUGGGAUGAACGUUCAUCUGCUGGGUACUAUCUACUGUCACAAAGCUUGGAGCUGAACCAGAGGCAUCACAUCAUGCAUCUGCUACCGGAAAUUGAUUGUGGGCCCAAGGCAUGGGCAGUGCUCAAGGACCUGCACGCUCCGACAUCGGUUGCCGCUUCUCUCAUGCUGGAUCGGGAGCUGUCCAUGCUGCGGUUGAGCGAGAAUGAAGCUGUGCAGCCCGUACUGGACAAGAUGAGGGAACUCUACGCGAAAUUGGCGAUUGCAGGCAUCACGUACCCAGAGCAGACAAAGUGUCUCAAGAUGCUCAGCCUGCUGCCGGAGUCUUGGCUGCAAUUUAUAAGCGGACUCAGCUUGCCACAAAACCAAAGUCAAUGGACAUUGGAGUGGAUUCGCACCAAGAUUCUGGAAGAAGAUUUUCGUCGCUAUACACUGCGCGGAGGUGAUGACAGCACCAGCGGCUAUGCCAUGCAAGGGACAUGGAGGGAUCGAGGGCGUGGCAAUCGCGGUCGCUCUUACCACAGCCAAGGUGGUCGCGGGACUUGGAACCAGCGGGGGCGUGGUGGCGCUGGUGCAAGAGGAAGAGGUGGUCACUCCAACAAUGACAACAGUGAACCACGCUUGAGGGGAGAGUGCUGGUAUUGCAAGGAAGAAGGGCAUCCAUGGUUUCGCUGCCCUACCAAGCCCGACUGGUGGACCCCUUGGAACCAAUCGGAGAAGGGGAAUGGAGGAAAACAACCACAUGGAGGUGCCAACAUGGUAGCUGAUCCUGCUGAAGAAACCUCCAAGGAUGACAGAGGAAUGCGAAAUGAGGAGAGGAAUGCUGGACAGUUCUACCAUGUGUGUGACAAAGAUGACAGUGGCACAGCUGUUGCAAGGGCUGGAGAGGAAUUGCACCCGCUUGACAUGUGGGUCAUGGACUCUGGUGCUGCAUGGACAAUGACACCACGCAAGGACUUGCUGGAUGCUGUGCGAGCGCCUCCAAUCUCUGAAGUGCGCUCAGCAUCCGGACAUGCAGUGAAGGUCGCUGGAGUUGGUCGAGCUGCAUUCAGAGCACCUGAUGGUGGACUGGUUGUGCUGAAGGAUGUGUUACUCGUACCGGGGCUGAAGGCCAACCUGAUAUCGCUGCGCAAGCUAGGCCAGGCCGGAGUCAGCACCACCACCAAUGGAUCCAAAACAUUCAAGGGGCUGCGAGGAGAUCGUGUGUUAUGGGAUUUACACGAAAGCAGAGAUGUCUUCAGAUCCAUGUGGCAGAUCCCUGCACUGAUAUGGGAAUCAACAAAGAAGGAGUUGGGAGAAGUAAAGGCGGGUUCUGGAGUCCAGGGGGAGUGUAAUGCAGUUAGUGCUGCAGGAGUGACGGUUUCUGCAAGGUCGGGGGAGACUGAUUGGGAAACCGCACACAGGCGUCUAGGGCAUGUGGCUAUGCCAUUGCUGCAGCAACUGCAUAAGGAAGAAGCAGUAAAGGGGCUCAAGCUUUCUGGGCAACCAAAUGCUACCAAGUGCGAGACGUGUCUGCUGAGCAAGUUCACACGGUUCCCCUUUCACGGCGUAGCUGGGAAAAGCAAGGCAGCACUGGAACUGGUGCACAUGGACCUCGUAGGACCUUUUCCAGUCCGAGGAAGUAAGGGGGAAAGGUACUUCCUGACAAUAGUUGAUGACUGGAGUCGGCUGAUGUGGGCAUACCCGUUGAAGCAGAAGGAUCAUGCUGCCUCAACAAUACGAGAUGAUUGGCUGCCGUUCGUCGAGCGACAAUCUGGGCACCCAUGCAAGAGCAUCAGAACCGACCGAGGUGGAGAGUUUCUAGGAGGAGAUCUGACUGCGUGGCUCAAGAAACAAGGCAUUGAGCAUCAGCUAACGACGUCCUAUACCCCUCAGUCAAAUGGCGUUGCUGAGAGGGCUAAUAGGACCAUCCUGGAAACUGCGCGAGCGCUGCUGAUCGAAUCAGGGCUGGGGAACUCCAUGUGGCCUCAUGCGGUGAGGCAUGCUACAGUGGCAAGGAACCGCGUACUCACAAAGGUGGCUGAUGAUAUGUGGGUGCCGCUGGAGAGGUGGCUUGGAAAGAAGCCUCCAGUGGACAUGCUUCGAGUGUUCGGAUGCAUGGCAGUGGCGCAUGUCCCUAAACCGUACAGGACAAAGCUUGGAGCAUCUGCACUUUGGUGUGUGCACCUUGGGCUUGCGGCAGAGAGCAAGGGGUGGCUACUCUGGGAGCCCUCAAAGAAUGUGCUGUUUGAUAGUCGGGAUGUCAAAUUUGUGGAGAACAUCAUGUAUGGCAAGUGGGAGAAGCAGCCGGAGGCAAGGGUCACCCAGCAGCUGGAAGAGAUCACUAUGCACUUCGAUCUGUCCGAACCUGAGGACAGCGAAGUCACUGCGCCAACGGCAAGCGGUACUGAUGAAGGAAGCAAUGAGGAUAUUGCAGCUGAUGCUGAAGUCAAGGAUCCGGAGCAGCAGCAGCAAGAGGCUUCCAAAACACCAAGUCUGUCAAAGCGAAGGAAACAGAUUGGUGGGGGGACAAAGGAUUGGGUGAAGGUGAAAGAAUGGGUAAAUCCAACCAUCUACCCUGCACGUACCAGAAUGGCAAUGAGAAAGCUGUUGAGCUCCACAAGUGGAGGAGCCACAACUGAGCAGCAGGAACAGGCUCAAGGCGAAGAUGCAGUGCUGUUCUUGGGUGAUGACCAAGAGUCAGAUGACAAGGAGCCUGCAUACUGCUUUUACGCACCAAUACAACCUCCGAGCAUGGAUCAUGCGCUAGCCGGGCCUCAACGGGGGAAGUGGCUCGUUUCAAGAGAUGCAGAGUACAACAGCAAGAUGGAGAAUCACACAUGGGACCUGGUGUACUUGCCAAAUGGGAAGAAGGCAAUACAGUGCAAGUGGCUGGCAAAAAUCAAGACGGAUGAGAAAGGAGAGCCAUCAGUUUACAAGAGCAGGCUGGUGGCAAAGGGGUUUCAGCAGAAAGCGAAGGAAGAUUACAAAGAAGUGUUUGCCCCAACUGCUAAGUCUCCAACGCUACGUGUGCUGCUGGCGGUAGCUGCUGUGCGCAAAUGGAAGGUGAAGCAGAUGGACAUCGUAACCGCUUUUCUGUAUGGCAUUGUGGAAGAGGAGGUAUACAUGGUUCAACCACCUGGCUAUGAGGAUGGAACCGGUCGUGUCUGCAAACUUAACAAGGCCAUCUAUGGCUUGAAGCAGGCCCCGAGAUGCUGGUACAACAGGCUGGCCAGUGCACUGGAAGGGAUUGGAUUCCGUGCGAGUGCAUGCGACGAGAGCCUAUUCCUGAUGAGCGAGGGGGAGUCGCUUGUGCUUCUGCUGGUGUACGUGGAUGACAUCCUGCUCUUCAGCAGCAGUGACAAGGAGAUCGAUGGGGUGCAGCGGAAGCUCACAGAGCAGUUCAAGUGCAAGUCACUUAGAGAGGCAAGGUACUACCUGGGAAUGCAUAUUGAGCGGGAUACUGAACGUGGCUGGCUCAAACUGCAUCAGGGACAGUACAUCAACACCUUGGCUGAGAAGUACUCUCUGCAGGAAGAACGGGAAGUGGUCACACCUUUGCCUUCCGAGUUCAAACUCAUAAAGGCAGCUGAAGGAGAAGGAGUUGAGAGUGAAGACCAGAGGCAAUUCCAAUCCAUGGUCGGGAACCUACUCUACGCUGCUGUGCAUACUCGGCCUGACAUCAGCUUUGCUGUGGGACAGCUGGCUCGAGUAGUGCAAAAUCCAACAGAAGAGCAGUGUGGUGCAGCGAAGAGAGUGGUGCGCUACCUCAAGUCAUACCCUACAGUGGGAGUACAGUAUUCAGCCUCUGCUCAACUCAGUCAAAAAAGAAUUGAAGUCCUCAAAGAGAAGGGGGAGCAGCUCGGAGAAGGAAAGGUGUUCCUUUCCUGUUUUGCUGAUGCCACGUGGGCUUCUGAGCAUGAGGAUUCAUCAUCAGUUGGUGGAUACAUCUGCAUGGUGGGAGGUGGGCCUGUAAGUUGGAGGUCCAAGAAGCAGUCUGAGACGGCACUAUCUUCAGUGGAAUCUGAGUACAUGGCGAUGUUUCAUGCGGCAAAAGAAAUCAUCUGGCUAAGGAGGCUCUUGAAGGAGAUCGGCCAUGAACAGACUUGUGCGACACCUCUGUUCAGUGAUAGCAAGGGAGCCAUUGCCAUGGCACGCAAUGCAGUUCUUCAUGGGUUGAACAAGCACAUGAGGAUCAUGUGGCAUUGGCUGCGGAAGGAGGUGAAGCUUGGGACACUGGAUCCGAUCUACGUGAAAACUCAGCAACAGCCAGCCGACUUCCUUACCAAGCGGCUAGCUGAAGAGCCACACUGGCGCUGUGCGAGGAUGGCGGGAAUGUCCUUGAACUAGAGACGGCGAAACAAGCCGACAGUCUGAGGGGGAGUGUGUUGGUGCAUAUUCGUUUGCACGUCAUCCUGUCGUCUGUUCGCAUCAUUUCGUUGCAUGUGUUUUGUGUGCUACGUUGUUUGUAUGGUUUGUUGGGUUUGCAUGUCUUUGCAUGUUCAUCUUGUGCUUGUGCAGAUGUGCUUGGAUUGUGCAUGACAUCGAGCACAUUCCAACGAGCCAAGAAUUGUUGGAAUCGGAGCACAUAUGAAGAAGUUACGAAGAAAUGUUUGAUGGAUUUGUUACAACUCAUUGGAAGUCCUUGUCAGCUGCUACACCAAAGCUGGAGAGCCCUAUAACGAGGAGGGACCAGCAUGUGUGGGACUUUUGUCCCCACCUUGCAGCUGCAGCAUUUGGGGUUUGGAGGCCAACCUGGCACAGUGUGAAAUUUGUCUUGCCAGGCUGGCUGAACCUGAGGAUGGGGAGUCAAAACUUUGACUCUUGUCAUGUUCUUGACCAUGGGCCUCCAGGGUCCUUCCCUUUCAUCCUUCACUUCCUACCCCACCUUCCAACUAUGCUUCAAUGCCUUUUCCAUCAUGUCUCUGAACUUGUAAGCUUCAAUCAUAGUGACUCUGAGGACUGUCAACUUCUCCUAGGGCAGAUUACCCCCCAGUGCGCCAAACGCCAUAGCUCACUCGUUUAGCUACGGAAUCGAGUGAUUCAACUUUCAGUGGAAAGCUGACACUGCCAGCUACAACAUAUCCGAUUUUCAGAUCGUUUCACCGAUUGGAGUUUUUGAUAUAGCUAUUCGAAGGUCGCGAGUUUUCUGGGCGUCAUAACGAAGUGCUGCAGAAAUUUCCAAGGAGCCAUUGAAUCAUCUGCUUAUAGCCUUCUCUAACCAACAACAUGCAGUGAAGGUCGCUGGAGUUGGUCGAGCUGCAUUCAGAGCACCUGAUGGUGGACUGGUUGUGCUGAAGGACGUGUUACUCGUACCGGGGCUGAAGGCCAAUCUGAUAUCGCUGCGCAAGCUAGGCCAGGCCGGAGUCAGCACCACCACCAAUGGAUCCAAAACAUUCAAGGGGCUGCGAGGAGAUCGUGUGUUAUGGGAUUUACACGAAAGCAGAGAUGUCUUCAGAUCCAUGUGGCAGAUCCCUGCACUGAUAUGGGAAUCAACAAAGAAGGAGUUGGUAGAAGUAAAGGCGGGUUCUGGAGUCCAGGGGGAGUGUAAUGCAGUUAGUGCUGCAGGAGUGACGGUUUCUGCAAGGUCGGGGGAGACUGAUUGGGAAACCGCACACAGGCGUCUAGGGCAUGUGGCUAUGCCAUUGCUGCAGCAACUGCAUAAGGAAGAAGCAGUAAAGGGGCUCAAGCUUUCUGGGCAACCAAAUGAUACCAAGUGCGAGACAUGUCUGCUGAGCAAGUUCACACGGUUCCCCUUUCACGGCGUAGCUGGGAAAAGCAAGGCAGCACUGGAACUGGUGCAUAUGGACCUCGUAGGACCUUUUCCAUUCCGAGGAAGUAAGGGGAAAGAAGGAUCAUGCUGCCUCAACAAUACGAGAUGAUUGGCUGCCGUUCGUCGAGCGACAAUCUGGGCACCCAUGCAAGAGCAUCAGAACCGACCGAGGUGGAGAGUUUCUAGGAGGAGAUCUGACUGCGUGGCUCAAGAAACAAGGCAUUGAGCAUCAGCUAACGACGUCCUAUACCCCUCAGUCAAAUGGCGUUGCUGAGAGGGCUAAUAGGACCAUCCUGGAAACAGCGCGAGCGCUGCUGAUCGAAUCAGGGCUGGGGAACUCCAUGUGGCCUCAUGCGGUGAGGCAUGCUACAGUGGCAAGGAACCGCGUACUCACAAAGGUGGCUGAUGAUAUGUGGGUGCCGCUGGAGAGGUGGCUUGGAAAGAAGCCUCCAGUGGACAUGCUUCGAGUGUUCGGAUGCAUGGCAGUGGCGCAUGUCCCUAAACCGUACAGGACAAAGCUUGGAGCAUCUGCACUGUGGUGUGUGCACCUUGGGCUUGCGGCAGAGAGCAAGGGGUGGCUACUCUGGGAGCCC